AUGAGAAACUCUGCGCGUUUUCUGCUCGUCGCCGCCCUCCUGGCUGUCGCUGUCACCGCGGAAGCGGCCACGCCGGUUGAUGACGGCCUAAGCAUAAGCACGGAGGAUGUGGACAAAGCGCUCUCUACCCUCCGAGCGUCGCCUUACGCCAAGACAGCUCCGCUUCUUGAGAAAUUCUUCCGGAUGGUGAAGCGCGUGAAUGGAACCUCCAAGGCGACUCCCGUGACGGUGCUGCAGCCGAUUAACCCGCUCAAGGUGGUGCGCAACUGGGUGCGCUUCUCCGCGGGCGAGCGCAGGCGCGUGGCGCGCUACCACAUGCUCAAGGGCGUGUUCACCAAGAGAAAGCUCCGCAAUGCCGCGCGCUUCACCAAGUUCACCACGUACGAGGGCGGAAAGGUCACCAAGUGGUCCGGCAGGCUCUUGCCCUCCGUGAUUCUCAAGGGCGGCUCGGACAUUCUCCCUGCGGCGCUCGUGUUUGGGAACUUCUACGUUAGCAAGAACUUCGCUCUGCAUAUCAUCUCCAGCUCGUUGACUCCGGGCGACGUCUAA